AUGGCCAGAGCUGAGCCGUGCGAGCGGUGCGUGCGGUUGAACAUGGCCGGCCAGUGCUUCUGGCCGACGCCCGCCAAGCGCGGUCGCCCGCCUCGCCACCCGCACCCGACGACGGCGCAGCCGACGGUGCAGAUCCUGCCGGCGGCCCCUCUCGACGCCGGUGGUGGUGGUGCCGGCGACCAUGUCUACGCCGCCUCUGUACCACCACCGCAGCCGCGACCCCCGCCCGAGCCGGAAGCGGCGCCGAUGACGAGGCCGACGACGACGAAGAAGCGACGACAUCAGGGCGGCGACGAACAGGGUGAUGGUGCGUCGGCAGCUGCAGACCUGGGCGGCGCGACGACCGCCCUUUUGGUGAACACGAUCGUCGGGCUCAAGGCAGACAUGCGCGCGAUGACCGCCAAGAUGAAGAAGAUGGAGAAGAAGCUGAAGAAGAAGAAGAAGCAAGACAACAACAACAACAACAACAACAUCGAUGUGGUGGUGGUCGAGUUGCAGCGACGCGUGGAGCAGCUCGAGGAGGACAACGUCCAGCUCCGCAUCCAGCUGGCGCACGUCGCCGCCUCUCGCUAUGGCAUGGCCGCCACCAAUGCAGGCUUUUUUGCUGCACCGCCGCCGCCGCCGCCGCCGCCGCCGUCGUCGUCGUCAUUCAGUUGCCAGCAGCGGUUGAGGGUGGGAGAUAACGGUCAACCGGGUCCAGAGAUGCUCUGGUGCUUCCCCUUCCUCCAACACUACGACAUCCCGGCGGACCGCUUCGUUGUCGAUGACAUCCAAAAGGCGAUCGUGGUUAUGGCGCAUCCGCAGGGCACAGAGAGACACAUCGCGUUCGCAAACCACCAGUUCUGCGGCAUUGUGGGAUUCUCCAUGGUCGAGCUUCUCGGCCGCCAGAUCUUGGGUGUCUCGUCGCUGCACGAAAAGCACAAGCUCCACCAUGCAUUGCAGACCAGAGGGCAGAUGGGGUACAGCGAGAGCACCCCGUGCUUCCUCCAGCUCGAAUGCAAGGGGACCCACUUCGCCAAGGUCGCGUCACGCGCUCAGUUCUUCUUUGGCGCCGACGCCCAGCUUCAGUACUCUGUGCUGUGCGUCGAUCAAGUGCUGGGAGUGGAUCUCAGGCACGCAAGAAGGAGGAGGCGGAGUGGGCGCUGGUGUUUAGCAUUGCGGCACGACCGCAAUGACGACGACGGCACCUCUUCAUCGCUCACCCCGCCCUCCGUAUCGCCUGCAGCUAGCGAGGGCUUGUGCGACGAGGACGACUACUCCUUUGGCGACUUCAUCUCAUCACCAUCAGCGAUCUGGGCUGUGCCCGAGGCUAUGCCACCAAACCGCCAAACAUAA